AUGGCCGCGGAGACCAUGCUGCCUGCCAAGCGACCCAUCCGGCAGUUGUCGGUGCACGAAAAACUGGAGGCGAUUCGGCGCGUGCAUAGCGGCGAGUCCAAGGCGUCGGUGGCCAGGGACAUCGGCGUGCCAGAGUCCACGCUGCGUGGCUGGUGCAAGAGCGAGGACAAGCUGCGCAACGUGGCCCGUUCGUGCGGCUCGCCCGAGUCGCAGCAGUCCGACGGCGAGAAAGACCUCAGCGUGGACCUGGAUAACAGCGGGCCCUCCGACCUGAAGCGGCUGCGGAUGGGGCUGGACGAGGGCAGCCCCAACACGGUGCUGGCGCACCAGCAGCCCGCGUCGGCCGCCGUGGCGCCGGCGUUCGCGGCGGCCCACACGCCGCGCUCUACCGCGCACCCGGAGCUGGACGAGGCCCUUUGGUACUGGCUCAAGCAGCAACAGCAGCAGGUGGCCGGGUUGCCGGCGGCGGCGGCGGUGGCGGCCACGCAGCUGCUGGACCCCGCGGCCGCCGUGGCCGCCGCCGUCACCGGCGACAAGGACAGCAACGGGAACGGCGACGGCACCGGCUGGUUCUGGCGCUGGUAUAAGCGCUACGGUUUCACGCAGUAUCCGGACCCCUUGGCCGACAAGGUUGGCACCGACCUGUCCGCCGGCGGGUUGCAAAAGGUGAACGGGUACGCGAGCGGCGGCCUGGCCUCCAGUAAGGUGCGGUCCACGCUCGACAGUGUGUUGCUGAAUGCGAAGGACAAUAACAACGUGAGCCCCUUGGCCGCUACCAACAACAAUUACAAAAAGUUGGAUGAGUCGGACGACGACGAGGACGACGAGCCACCUGCGACGGCGGCGGAGGCGGUGACGCACGGGGAGAAGUUCCUGCGCUGGCUGGAGUGCUGCUCCGACCCCAGCGUCACCGCCUGCCAGAUCCUGCAGUUUAGGUACCUCCUCAACAAUGUGAGGGCGUGUGCCGACCGCCGGGCCAACAAAAUCAAGACCAAGACGAGGUCCCGCCGCAAGUAG